AUGCCUCUGGUUUCCGGCGCAACCAAUCUGCGAAAGGCCCUCGAGGACCCAAAUGGCUUCGUGUCGGCCCCUGGUGUGUACGAUGGCCUAUCAGCGCGUAUGGCGCUCGCAGCUGGAUUUGAUGCGCUGUACAUGACCGGCGCUGGCACCGCAGCCUCCGUCCACGGCCAAGCUGACUUGGGCAUCUGCACGCUCAACGACAUGCGCGCCAACGCCGAGAUGAUCGCGAACCUCUCGCCGAGCACCCCGCUCAUCGCCGAUGCAGACACCGGCUACGGCGGCCCAAUCAUGGUCGCACGCACGACAGAGCAAUACGCGCGCGCCGGCGUCGCGGGCUUCCACAUCGAGGACCAGGUGCAGACCAAGCGGUGCGGACACCUGGGCGGCAAGCAGCUUGUCGACACAAGCACCUACAUAACGCGGAUCCGGGCAGCGGUGCAAGCGCGGCAGCGGCUGGACAAUGACAUUGUGGUGAUCGCGCGCACCGAUGCACUGCAGUCCUUGGGGUACGAGGAAAGCGUGGCGCGGCUGCGGGCGGCGCGCGACGCGGGCGCGGACGUGGGCUUUCUGGAGGGGAUUUCGUCGCGCGAGAUGGCGGCGCAGGCGGUGCGCGACCUUGCGCCGUGGCCCUUGCUGCUGAACAUGGUUGAGCACGGGAGCACGCCGGCGAUCUCAGCGGGCGAGGCGAAGGCACUCGGGUUCCGGAUGAUUAUCUUCCCGUUCGCGACGAUUGGGCCGGCGUUGACGGCUAUGCGGGAGGGUCUGGAGACGCUGAGACGGACGGGGCUGCCGGGGCUGGACCCAUCAUUGACACCGCAGAUGUUGUUCCGGGUGUGUGGGCUGGAUGAGAGUGUGCGGUUGGAUGCGGAGGCUGGGGGUGGUGCCUUCGAGGGCGGCGUGGACCUGCAGAAGGAGUGA